UCAGGAUUGUGAUUCGGACCCUGUCGCCAUGCAUCGGACCACCAGGAUAAAGAUCACGGAGCUCAACCCCCACCUCAUCUGCGUCCUGUGUGGAGGAUACUUCAUCGACGCCACCACCAUCAUCGAGUGCCUCCACUCCUUUUGUAAAAUGUGCAUCGUUCGCUACCUGGAGACGAGCAAAUACUGUCCCAUCUGUGACGUCCAGGUGCACAAAACCAAGCCUCUGCUCAACAUCAGGUCGGACAAAACUUUACAAGACAUCGUGUACAAACUGGUCCCAGGCCUCUUCAAAAAUGAGAUGAAGAGGAGGAGAGACUUUUACGCCGAGCAUCCUGUAGACGCCUCCAACGGUUCGCACGAGGAUCGCGGGGAGGUGGCGGACGAAGACAAGAGGAUCAUCACGGACGACGAGAUCAUCAGCCUCUCCAUCGAGUUCUUUGAUCAGAGCAGAUUGGGUGGAGUGGAAGACAAGCCGUCUAAAGAUCAGGUGGCUAACAAGAGGUACCUUCAGUGUCCGGCAGCCAUGACGGUCAUGCAUCUGAGAAAGUUUCUACGCAGCAAAAUGGACAUCCCGAACACUUACCAGGUUGAAGUCAUGUAUGAAGACGAGCCUCUUAAAGAUUACUACACAUUAAUGGAUAUAGCGUAUAUCUACACCUGGAGAAGGAACGGCCCGUUACCGCUGAAGUACCGGGUCCGACCCAACUGCAAGAAGAUGAAGGUGACGCACGCGCAGCAGGAGGGCCAGAACAGCACGAGCCGAUGCGGCCCCGAGAGCGACUCGGCCAGCGACAAGGCGGGGAGUCCCGCCGGGGCCCCGUCCACCUCCUCCUCUCUGCCGAGCCCCGGGACGCCGGCCCGGUCCCCGCACCCCCAGCCGCCCCACGGGCCCGGCAACGUGAACGGGACGGCGGCGGCGGCGGCGGCGGCGGCCACAGCUUCAACCCCUAACCGGCCCUUUAGUCAGUUCGUCGGCGGCGGCGGAGGUAAACCGCCCCGGAAGGUCUCUCUGAACGGCUCGUCGACGUCCUCGGGAUGACGCCGAGCAGCUCCCGCUCAGCCGUAACGCUGUUUUCAUGCCAACGUAGUCCCAUUGUGUAGUCCUCUUCCCUUUCUCUCCAUUUGUUGUUAUUAAUAUCAUGACGUUAUUUGUACGUUUGAACGUAGCGGAAACAGAGACCUUUCACAAUAAAAGGAACCCGGAAGUGGCGGAGUUUCGAUUUUGAAAGGAGCCGUCGGUGAAGACAAAAGAAGCAUUUAUCCUUUUUUUUUCCUUUAAAGCUACAUCUUUAUUUUAAAGAAGUGACUGAGGUGAUUUUAUUUUCCGAUGCAAAGUGUGUUACUCAUGAUGACGUCAUGUGUUUUGGGAUAUUUUUUUAAAGCACAGUUAAAAACAUGCAUGCUAACUGGGAGACUCGUGUGUUCUGGGGAUAAAAAAAAAAACCUCUUUUUGACAAAACGUUUCCGUGUUCAACCCAUCAGGAGUUUGUUUAGCGCUGUUAAAAUCCUCUGAGGUGAAAUAAAAAAAAGCCUUUUACUGAAUGAAAAGAUGUAGCUGCAGUUGAACCGGAUUUUUCAUCCUCUGCYUGUAAAUAAAAACAAAAUGCAUAUUUAAUCAGACAUGUUUUUUUUUCUUCUUUCUUUCCAAGGGAAGGACUUGAGCUUCGUUUCAGAACAGAUGUAUUGAUGUCUCUGUUUUCUGUCUUUGUAUCGCUCGAUUGUAUGAACAACUUUCUGUAUUGUUACUGUUGCACAGUAUAAAACAUCUAAAUAAAACAUUUUACACUUAUGGAGAAAA